GCAGCCAGUUUUCAAAGCACUGAGAGGUAACGAGGGGAAGGUAAAAAUAGACUACAGUGCAGCACACCUCACUGACUUAACACCGCCCGGCCCUGGAGCCUGAGAGCAGUCGUGUCAGACAACCUGCUUUGUUCAAGACGGCUGGAAUAUGGAACGAGAUUGUCGCCUUGAACUCAUAGGUCUGUUGCUUUUAUUCCUGGCCUUGUUGAUCUCGAUGAGUCUCAAUCUCAUUUUCUUCCUCAGACAAAGAGCUUCUUUGUGCAGAGAAAAAGAUGACUGCUGCUUCUCACCUAUUUAUGAAGGAGAAAGGCCGUCACAGGUCGAAGGUCGUUUCUUUCCUGACCUGCAGGAAGAUCCCCACAUGCAACAGGAAAAUCCAAUCUAUGGAAACAUCAGCACAAUGAGAACAGAGGUUUUCCCCGAGAUGAUGACCAUCCCACCCACAAGAAGUCGUACGGAGCCUUGUCAGACUGACCUGAAUUACGCCUCGUUGGAUUUGAAGAUCGCAAAGAAACGCAAGAGGAAGUAUCAACAGCAGCUGGACCAGACUCGGAGCAGCCGUCAGGAUCAGCUGCCGGUUCACCUCACACCCCCCAUGAAUAGUUUCUUGGAGGUGGACAGAGACGUGGAGGCUCACCUUCCUCCCAGAGACACCAGCAUCAUGGUCUCACACUCCAGCAUCUACCUGAACAGCCAGCAGAUAGCCCUGGAGACGGAGGAGAUGGCCAAAGAAAGGAGUAUGAACUGGGAGAGGGAGGAACUGGGGUGGGGAGGAAAUACACUCGAGGAGGACGGGGGAACGACGGACUGGAGAGGAGAGGAAGAGAGUGAAGAAAGAACAGAUAGAGAGCUGGGUGUUGGGAAUGGGUCUGUGGGUACACAUGCUGCUCAGAGAGAUUCAGAGGAUUUCACCAGCAGCAUCUGGCAAGAUGGUGACCGACAAUGUAUCAUAUAGCAGCCGUUAUAUUAAAGGAACACUAUGCAACUUCUUUACUUUCAAAUAGCUAAAUCAGAUUGCUGGUUCACUGACAUUGGAGUGAAGGAGAAAAGUUUCCUCCUUCAUUCCCACUUCUCACCCUGAACAUCUCUUCUUCCUCAUUCCAACUUUCCUUUGAGAAGCAAGUGACUCACAGUGACGGCAGAAUCAGAAUCAGGUCCAGCAGGUUGAAGAGUCAAGCUGAACUGUCGAUCAGGCUACAGCUACUUCUUAUAACAAAUGUUCAGCUACAUCUGCUACACCCAAUGUGGCUUGGUCCAUGGCAAUCUUCUCUGGAAUUUGGUGGAUCACUGAUGUAGCCCACUAGCCCAGGAUGCUUGUGUGAAUGUUAUUUGUGUUACUUAUUGUUUUUAAACUGUUUAUGAAUUAUUUUUCUAAGCAAACUGGAAAAAGUCCAAUAAAAUGUACCAAAUA